AGCCAUGUGGCCUUAAUUCUGGGCCAGGGCUUGCUUGCACAUAGAUGCCGACAUGUUUUCAGCACUUUUGCGCUGAAUGGCGCCGUGCUCGCCGGGUUCUACAAGUUCAUUCGCUGGAUUUGGAGACGAGGCGUGAGCUUGCAAGCGUGCUGGCUGCGGAUCAUGUGGUAGGCUGUGACGGCCCGCUCUCUGAGAAGUAUGGCAUUGGCUUUUGGCAUGCUGACUUCGAUGAGUCGGCUUCUGCGCGCAUUUGGCUCGCACAAACGGGAACUCAUGCUGUGAGCAAUGAUGAAGUGGAGACCAACGAUGGGGACGCCGAGCAUGAGCUCAUUGCCAAGGAUAAGUUGAGGAAUCGCUCGGGCGUUCUUUCGGCAAUGAAAGGAUUUGCCGGGCGCAUGCGGAAGCUCGACGUCGAGCGGGAGUCCACCUUCUCCUGGUCUCAGGCGGUGGCCAAUAUCCCCAAAGUCGUGCCCUUGGAGCAGACGCUGCUCUUCCGGAACCCGGAGCAUCCCAUGGCAACCUUCCCCGAGGAGUGCAGCAAAGAGGAGUUUGUGGCCCUGAUGAAGAAGAGCCUGGUUGCCGAGCGGCUCUUCGCUGAGGGCGUGGGUCCCUCACAGAAAAAUGACGAGCAGCCCAUCGCCUACACGCACGAUGCAGAGGACCUCUACGAGGCCCUGCUGAUUCAUCAGCAAAUCUGCCGUCGCACCACCAGCCCCACACUCCAGCUAGGCCGCGUCAUGGAUGAGUUGGUGAAGAGGUGGACGAUCCUCACCAAGUUCCGGCAGCUGAUUGAGAGGGACACCGCGACCAUCAGCACCUUCAUACAGACUUACUUUGUGAUACCCAAGGUAAAGCACAUUGACUCCACUGAAAUCUAUCAUUUUUUUCGUGGUGGCAGUGGUGGUCCUGGCCCUCGGGAUAUUUCCGUGGAAGAGGUUUUGUCGGCCUUGGAUGAGGACGGCGAUGCCAAAGUCGACCUCCAGGAGUGUCAGAGACAGCUCGGCCUCAUAUCCCCGCCGCGGCCCAGCUUGAUGGAACUAGGCAGCCAGCUAGAGCUGAAGCACGGGCUGGGCCGCAGCGCCAUCAGCGGUCCUCUUUCCAACCCCGCGGCACUUUUUGAGCACCUUUGUACUGUUGAGAAGGUCAGCCCGCCGCCAGAGGAUGUCGCGCGACUCUUCCGGGCACUGAAUGCUGGCAAGGGCAACAAAGAGAUCAGCACCGAGAGCUUGUCGCACCUACUGCGGCAGCCGCCCUUGGAGGUGCAGUGGGGGGUAGAGGUCCACACCAUCCCGGCCUUGUACGACGCGCUGGCCUGCCGGAUGCUUACUAUGGAAAGGAGCCGCCAAAAGGAGGCGAUACUCCCUGCAGAGGCCUUCGUGCAGGGCGACGUUCCUGAUCGAUCGGAACUGGCCAGACGUUUUGGCCAACUUUGGGACACGUAUGCUUCUUCGCUCGUCGGCGGCGUCAGCUCCCAGACUGCCGCGAAGUACCGCGACCACUGCUAUCACAGAUACGAGGCCCACGCGGAUCAGAUCGCGAUCUGGCGCUCGAAUCACAGCGGUGAGCUCCGUCGGGGGCAGAUGGUGAGUGUGCACAAAUCCCUGUUCCCCAGCAUCGGGGACGUGAUCACCACUGCCUCCUGCCGACUGGUGGCUGGGCAAACCUGCAUUGUCCGAUAUCGUUUGCAAGGAGUUUGCAGCUACUUCGGCCCGGGCCAUACCGUCAUGAAGGACGAGCGCGAGCCCGUGCCCUGGCCGGUGCCACGCAAAGUUCUGGGGGACACGCCCUUCAUCGCGCUGGUGCCACCGGGGCUUAGCUACUGCGCGGCUGGUGGGGGAGGCUUCUACCUGGGCCAUCAAGCCUUCAACAACGUGGAUCCCAACCUCCGGGCGGACCUGCCAAAAAGCUCGGACGGGCAGCCGCAGCUGCUGGGCCACGUAGAGAUGUCCAUGCCCUCCCUGAUCCGCGCCUCCCGCGGCACUGGGAAGGCCUCCAAGAGCCAGAACUUCGAGCUUCGGCUCUUCUGCUCCUCGAAGCAGCGGAUCAUCGGGUGCAUCGGGGAGCCGGUGCGGCUCACGGUCUGGAACCAGAACCCGCCCCCGCCCUUGGAAUCCUUGCAGAUUCGCUGCGAAGGGCGAAACGUGACGCUGCGCUGGAAUGCCCUGGACCUAUCAGACCUCCCCAAGGAGAGCCAACCCGACAACCUGCGGGUGCUCCUGAAGACUUCCAACAUGGAGGACACCAUCGUCCUCAAGCCGGAGGUCACGGAGCACGAGUUCCAGGACCUCACACCUGACACAGAGUACGAGUUCCGGGUCCGCGCAGAAAAUGUGGCAGGCAGCGGCCGGGACGUCGUGGCCCACUGCCGGAUCAAUGCCAGCUGCCCGGCACCGCACCAACUGAUCGCAGCCUCCAUCGGCACCGCGCAGGUGGAGCUGGAGUUCACCAGGCCCAGCAAGAUCGGCAACGAGGCGACGAAGGACGCCUUUCAGAUCAAGGCCGAGGCCAUCCAGAAGUACGUGGCCACCUUGCGUGUCGUGGAUGAGGUCCAGGUGGAGACUCGCCCCGAGGGCAGCGAGGCCAGCAGCCCACGGUCGGUGUCCCGCUCCGACACCAGCAGAAGCGUGAGCGUGAAGAAGGCCACCAAGGAAAAACCCAAGCGAGACGCUAGCGAGGACCAUUCCAGGGAGCGGCACUGCCAAUGGGAACCCAGCUCUGUGACAGAGGACAAGGCCCGCGGCAUGAUUCAGGCUACCUUGCCUGGCCUUCGCCCAGACACCAGAUACUCUCUGGCUGGCCUGUGUGCUGUGAACUCUGUUGGUGCGGGCGCGUGCUGUCCGACCUUGGAGUUUUGGACGAUCCCGCUGAUCCCCAGGGUCGAGCGCGUGCGGGUGCGACAGGGGCAGGUCCUUUUGGCUUUGUCGGAGACUGGCGGCUCGUUCGUGCAUAAUUACGAAGUGUCCAUCCUCAAGGAGGGUGUGCCCGAAACGGACGAGGUAACCUGGACGGUCCCACAGACAACGCUCAUCUCUGAUGCUGACGGUGAGAAGGAGGUCAUAGUACCGCAGCCGGAGCUGCCUUUGCCAUUUUCCGAGAUGCCUGUUGCAGAAUCGGCCCAAAAGCACCAUCUCAGGCUCCGUGCCUGCAACGCGGGUGGCUGGUCAGAGUGGAGCCAGUUCUUCAGCACCGUGUCCAUCAGCCGGCAGCAGGGCGCCGAUUUGGCGGAGGCCGCCAUUGUGGAGGCCAUCUCCAGCCCCUCCAUCGAGCAGCUGGAGCAGGUUCUGCGAGCCAGCAAGGGCAUCGAGUUCCAGGAUUACAAGUACGUGCACGAGGCCAAGGCACUCCUGCUUCGCUUGAGAGAGGUCAAGAAUGCUCUGGCAGAAGCAAUGAAAGCGCGCAACCCCGACCAGCUUCGUGAGGCCUUGCAAGCAGCGGUGGAAGCAAAGCUGCAGGGCGUGGACAAAGCAAUUGCCCUGCUGGAGAAGCUGGACUCGGUGGUGGAGCGCCUGGACACGGCUAAGGGCUUGGCGCCCCUCAAGGAGGCCAUCCAGGCUGCCGAGACGGCCAGGCUGCCGGAGGACAUUGUGAUCGUCGCCCGGGAGCGUCUAGAGCAGCGCGAGGCAGCGCAGGAGGGCUUGGAGCGGGCCAUGGAGGCCGCCAGGGUCCCGGACCUGCUCGAAGCCUUGAAGGUGGCCGAAGGCAUGGACUUGCCAGCAGAACCCGAAGCCCGUGAGCGAGUUGAGUUGCUGGGGCAGACGCAAGAUGCCUUGCAGAAAGCCAUGAACACCAAAGUCAUCCCCGACUUGUCAGCGGCGUUGACCCUGGCCAGCAAGGCAGGACUGAAGGAGCACCAGAUGAUCCACGAAGCCAGGGCUCUGCUAACGAAGCUGAUGAACCGGAGGGAGACUGUCAAGAAAGAGCUGGAAAAAGCCGUGAAGUUUCGCCACCCUGGCAAGCUGAAGAUGACCAUCAUGUCAGCUCGGCUGGCGCAAGUAAGCUUGAAGCGGAUUGUGGACGCAGAAAACGUCAGGAAAAAGGUGGAGGAGUUGUUGGAAGCAAUGACCGAUGCCGCUGGCAUUGAGCAACGUGAGGAGACGCUGAAAGCAGCCGUUGAGUAUAGCAUACCUGCAGAGCUGCUGAAGAAAUUUGAGAUUGAGCUGGAGGAGCUCAAGAAUUUGCAUGCAGCUAUCCGGCAGGGCGACCCUGAGGGCUUACGUGAGUGCAUCGAGAAGUGCGAGGAGUUGGGCAUUAAGGUUGUGGAGUUGCUGGAGGCCAGGGUUCUCUACCGGGACUGGGCAGCUGCCUGCGAAAAGAUUGACGUGGAGGCCACUGUGGAGCGAGUGGAGCAACUGCGCAGCGCCCUCAAAGCAGCCAAGGAUCUCGGCGUCAACGCGCUGGUCCUGACCAAAGGAAACGACGCCCUUCGCCACUUAGAGCGGAGAAUCAAGACAGAGCAGGAGCUUGCAGAGGCGGUGCACAUGCGCAAGCUGGAGGUCAUCGCGCACUGCACGAAGCAGGCCUGCGACGCCGGAGCCCACGACCAUCCCUUGGUCACGCGGGCACAUGGUUUACUGGAGGUGCUACAAACAAAGCGAGACAGGCUCGGCGCUGCCUCGGAUCGAGCAGAGCUGCAUUUGCUGAACGAGACUUUGGACCUGGCGGUGGCAGCGCCUGCUCUGCCGGACAGCGAGACCUCCGCGGCAUUCGGCAAGCUGCGAGCUCUGCGCAAGAAGGAGCAAAUCCAGCUGGCGGCGGGCCUCCGCGCAGCCAAGGAGGCGAAGGACUUCCGCACGGGCGGAGCGCUGCUGGCCCGUGUCCGCAGGGCCAAGGAAGUGGACGUUGAAGUAGAGCCGGAAUACAUGGCGAAUACAGAGUGGAUGAGGAUUGCCGAGAUAGAGCAGCGCGAGGGCUUUGAGAAGGACAUCCUUGAGGAAAAGGCCGCCAGCAAGAUGCUUGCCGCUGUCGACAAGGCGCCAGCACCAGAGCCGCUGGCGACCUUUGUGCUGCCCAACAGCGUCAUUGUGGGGAGCAUGAAGGUCCUUUUUGAGCCGGCUGGAUCUCAGAUCUGUAUCCUGCCCAGGGAGAUAGUAGAGGCGACCUUGGUGGUGAAUCUGGAAACCGGGCUUGGAGCCCUCGACAUCAGCAGGGCCGUGUCACCGCGUGAGCUGCAGAGGAUGGAGGGGGAGGCCAUCAUCCAGCAAUGCCUCGGGGUCAUCCGCAAGCUGAUCGGCUCCGGCGAUGAGGUGAGGUGCCUGCGCGACAUCCAGUACGUGUCGUGGGACCCCGGCGAGACCACCAAGCCCCUGCGCGGAAGUCUCCAGAUGCCAGUUGCCCUCUACAUCCGCCGGGAUCACCGUGGCUUGGAGGUGGCAGCGGCCAUAUGCAAGCGCUGCCAUGUGGGGGCGGAUUUGUGGCAGUCAGUCUGGACGCUGCCCACUGGGAAGACUGGACCCCUGGAUCUGUGCACCAUGCCCGACUCGGAAACGGAGGAUUGCUCCAUGAAACUGAGAAGGGAAGAUGCCGAUGACAUCUCCGCCUCCUUGAGCGAGGACUUGGCCAGCAGCCUGGUCUACAGCGCCCGCAAUCGCGCGCAGCUCUCGGCGAAGCAACUUGCAGAUUAUACCAGGUCAGUCCGUGCACGAGUGCUACGGGCGGUUCAUGUGGAGUUUAACUGGACCUACCCGAAGGGUAUCUUUGAUUCGCUGACUGCCAGCUGCGUCCUCUUUGACCAGGAGAAAGCCCUGGACAUCAUUGAUGAUCAUGGCUCCCAAGCUUUCAAGUACAAUAUCGUGGGCACUGGCCCCUACGGCCCAGCCAGACCACAUUCUGCGAGGGACCGCAUCCGUUCUGCCAGCGACGCCAAGGUCAGGAUUUCGCCAGUCAGCUCCUUGGGCGAGGUCAGCAACGCCACCAUUCGCCAAGGGAAGCAGACAUUGGAAGUUCGGCUGGACAUGGUGCCCCCGAGCGUGUCAGAUCUGCUCUUUGUGAUAUCUCCCACCGACUCGCGGGACUUGUCCAAAUUCACGGCUCUGCAGUGCACUCUGGUGGAUGCCGAGAGCGGCGAGAUCUUCGCAGACGUGCUCGGCGAGCAAGCGCAGACGGGCGAUGAGUGCGCAGUGUUGCUCAGCAUCUAUCGCCUGGAUGAUGGCCUGUGGCAUGUGAACAAAAUCAACUCCUUCGGUGCUGGAAGCCACCGUGACUACAGGGGGAUCCUGGCCAAGCUCCUGCACUUGGGCUAUCCGCGGAACGUGGCCAUGAAGAAUUUGGUGCCCCCGGUCUUGGGCUGCAUCCAAAAGGAGCUCGACAUCGACCACCCAGUGAAGGAGACCCUGGUCCACGUGACUGACAAGCACGCGCUAGAGAUGGGCUAUGCUGUGGAACUCACUGGGGAUGAGAAGAAUGAUACGCCGCGGAUGCUGGAGCACCUUGCUGGGAUGACCUUCCCAAGAGCUGUAGCGCAGAUGUUGCACGAGACGACUGUGCAGCGCAUCAGUGACCGCCAGCUCACUUUGAAUCAGGCCUCCUUUGGGGAUGCUUGGAAAUUGGGCUUCGACUUCAGCUGGACUUUCCCAGUGCCAGAGCAGGAGGACGAAGAGGAUCCUACCAAUUACUACCUGGACGCCACCUGCGUUGUAUUCGAAGGCCAAGCACUUCGUGAGCUGGUGGAUUACCGUGGGGCACACGGCGUGCGCUGGGUUAUGAACGGAGUGCUGGAUUAUCGCGGCUAUUGGGUGGGGCAGAUGCCGAUCGGCGACGCCUCUGGAGGUGCCGUGCAUCACGCUGGCGGAUCCAUGAAUUAUGCGGCACGAGAUGAAGGCAAGACUUCAAUGCAGGUGGAGUUUCAGAAGCUGCCAGAGGGCGUCACAGACGUAUUCUUGGUGCUAUCCAGUCACACGACGCCGAUGUCGCAAUUCAGCGACAUCACGCUGCAGGUGAAGGAUGUGGAUCACCCGGGCCACCGUGUGUCAGAUGUCUUCGAGCUCGUGCCUUCCGUGGAGAAGGACUCAGCCCUGGUGGUGUGCCGCUGCAGCCGCACGGGGAUGACCAUGGCGGAGGAGCCAAUUUGGUCACUGGAGAUGCUCAGCGUCUCAGCGGGCGGCCACGCCAUGGACUACCGGCCAGUGCUGCAGAGCUUGUACGCGAUACAGGCAGCCACCAGGUCCGGCAGGCAUAUUCAGUGGCCCUGCAAAGGCGUGUCGCAGCGGCGGCCCUCGAUCCAGGACAAGCUCCCGCGUUUGCCAACAGCGCGGCUGAUGCCAUCACCGGCAGAGGGUGAAGAGCUUACUUUCGUUCAUCCAGGAACAGCGCCGCCCACACCACGGCCCGGCAUCUUGCCGCGGCUUGGUUGGAAAGGGCUGGACAUCCAGCAGGCCGAUCUCGGCGAGGCCACGGUUCACAAGAGAGGGUCAACAAGCUGAUUGACUGCUCUCGGGGAGUGGUCUAGCCAAAGUUAAAGCACCUCGAGAUUUCACCUGGCAAAUGCCGGACAUAGGUGUGACGUGCGCCGCCUUUAGGGCCCGCACCAGAACGCGGCAGAGCCUGCGCAAAGAGUGAGGGUAAAAGCAGCGAGCACCGCAUUUUUUGUCCUUGUGGAAUGACUCGGGCCAUAGAACGGAG